UACCUGAUAUGAGUUUGGAUCAAACCAGUGGUCCACCGAUCAUAUUCAGUUUGAUGAAACCGAGUUUAAGAUGAAGCUCGAGAACGACCCUAUCUCCACCGAAGUAAAAUCAGAGAGCAACAUUAAGGCGUGUGAAAUUUGUAAUGAAAAAUUUCACUUUGUAACACGGCUAGUUGCACAUCUCAGAAUAGCGCAUGGCAUUCAGAAACCUUUUAAAUGUACGUCAUGCUGGAGAACAUACGCACAACAAUUCAUGCUGAAUGCUCAUGUUAAAAAGUCUCACACUCCGAAGAAUAUUUCCUGUGACCAGUGUAAGUUCAUAUGUGUUACGAAUGCGGAUCUAGAGAGGCACAGGAAGAAACAGCAUGUGCCAAAAGUGAAAUUUUACUGCGAAGUAUGUUGUGAAACUUUUACGGAUGAGGAACAAUUUGUAACGCAUACAGCUAUACAUAACUUUAUCGACUAUCAACAAUGUAACAGAUGUAGUAUUACCUUCAAUGAUGUUGAAUCUCUCAAGGAGCAUCACAGAUUGUAUCAUUUCAAUCAGCCAGCAGAGGACGAAACUGAAGAUUCUAAGCAUAAAUGCAAGAUUUGCGGCAUGGCUUACAAGUUUAAAUCCGUAUUGAAGCAACAUAAGCUUGAUGUUCAUGGUAUUCCUAAUUAUGAAAGACCCCGGCGUAGGUAUCUCUGUGCGCUAUGUGGAAAAGAGUUGAAAACAGCGAAGGGCUUUCAAAUUCACAACCGAAGUCAUACUGGUGAAAAACCUUAUACCUGUGAAGUAUGUGGAAAAUGCUUUGCUUGUGAAACGUUACUGAGAACACAUAACGUUACACAUACGGGUGAAAGAAAAUACACGUGUGAUCAGUGUGGAAAAUCAUUUACCCAACGAUCCACUCUUGUUGUGCAUAAGAGAUAUCACACUGGUGAACGGCCGUAUGUCUGCCAAAAAUGUAAUAAGGGUUUUGUCACUCGCACUGUCCUAAAUACUCAUCUAAAAUCCUGUCACUGACAAUACCAGAAGUUUCUUGCCACUGGCAAAUAAUGAGAAGUUAGCGCUACUUGAAGACGAAGCAGCUGGGGAGGUAGUUGUGAAUCAGUUGACUGUGAGCAGAAUUGAGAAACCGGAGAACGCAACAUCAGUGCCAAAAGUUGAAACGUC